UAAAAUCAACCGAGGACGGCAGACAGGGUCGAGACAAAAUCUGUCCUGCACACUCGGGAUGACAGGACAGCGAACAGACACCGUUUGCUGAGUAUGAUAAACUAGUCGGUUUACAACUUAACAUAGUUAGUUAAUGGCUGACUAUGACAUACAAGCUGACAAUAUAGCGUCAGUUUGUUGAAGGUAGGGUCACUAUAGAAAUAGUUUUGGCUUGUGUUUGCACUAGCAGUUAAGGCUAACUUCACGUUAGCAACCCACCAUUAGCUAGCUAAUGUUAAAUCUGGAUAAGCACUAACCAAGCUAGCUACCGCAAGACGUUUUUGAUGCGGCUUUACAGUUGUAACGUAAUAUUGAGUAACAUUUACGCAGAGAACAGGAGUCUGAAAGUUUAACUCACAUCGAGAAAUCAUGGCGUCGAUGCAGUUUAGUUCGCCAACAUAUGCAAAGGAGCAGUUUUGACUUUGGGCUGUCAACAAGCUCGCUGACGUUAGCUGUCGUGGUUAGCCAGCUAGCUCUCUCGCUACAAUGGCCAAAAUAGAAAACGGCCGUCAAUCAGUGGACACAAGGAGUAUCCGGACGAUUAGCAGCAGUCACAUCGACGAUGAAAGCUCUUUGGGAUCAGACUCAGAGAUCAAUGGAUUCACCAGCGACAGACAGACCGAUAAAUAUGGAUUCAUUGGUGGGGCUCAGCAGCAUACGGAGGAAUCAGCUCAAGAUUUACCUCCACAAGUGCUCAGGCAAAGGGAGGUGAAGUGGCUGGACAUGCUCGGACACUGGGACAAGUGGAUGAUCAAAAGAUUCAAUAAGGUAAGGCUGCGGUGCCAGAAAGGAAUCCCUCCUGCCCUCCGAGGCCGUGCCUGGCUCUACCUGUCAGGGGGGAAGGUUAAGAAAGAGCAGAACCAAGGAAAGUUUCAGGAGCUGGAUAGCCAGCCUGGGGACACCAAAUGGGUCGAUGUGAUUGAGAAAGACCUCCAUCGACAGUUUCCUUUCCAUGAGAUGUUUGUGUCACGGGGAGGACACGGGCAGCAGGACCUGUUCCGUGUCCUUAAGGCCUACACUCUGUACAGACCAGAGGAGGGAUACUGCCAGGCUCAGGCUCCCAUAGCCGCUGUGUUGUUAAUGCACAUGCCUGCUGAGGAUGCCUUCUGGGGACUGGUCCAGAUUUGUGAGAAGUACCUUCCUGGCUACUACAGUCCUGGCCUGGAAGCUAUACAGUUGGAUGGAGAGAUCCUGUUCGCUCUGCUGCGACGCGUCUCCCCGCUAGCCUUCCGCCAUCUGGAGAAACAUAAGAUCGACCCCAUCCUCUACAUGACUGAAUGGUUUAUGUGUGCCUUCUCCAGGACACUGCCCUGGGCCUCUGUGCUGCGGGUCUGGGACAUGUUCCUCUGUGACGGAGUGAAGAUAAUCUUUCGUGUGGGUUUGGUGCUGCUGAAGUGCAUGCUGGGGACCCGGGAGAAGCUGAAGGCCUGCCAGGGACAGUAUGAAACCAUGGAGCUUCUCAGGGCCAUAGAGCCUCGAUACAUGCAGGAGGGCUUCCUUGUCCGAGAGAUUCUUGAGGUUCCAGUGACGCCGCAAGACGUGGAAAGGGAGCAUCACACCCAGCUGAAGCGCUGGAAGAAGAACCGUGGAGAGCUGAAUUUCAAAUCACCCCCAAGGAUGCAUGGCGCUCGGAUCGUCAUGUUGGCUGAGCCGCCGAGGCGCCAGGACCUGCAGCAGAACCCCACCAUUGUACUCGAGGUGCCUCAGCCGACCCCGCAGCUGAAAAAGGGCAAGGAGGAAAAGAAAAGCAAGAAGAAGAAGAGCAUGAAGAAAUCCCAGCCCAUUGAGGAGAUCCCUAAUCCUUACUCCCUUCCCACUGACCUUCCACCGCCACCCUCAGAGCCACCAGCUCCACCUCCAGUCAUCACUGAGACGCCACAGACUGUGCCACAGACUGUGCUACAGACUGAAACAGACCCACUUCACCAGCACCUAGCGCCUCCGACAGACCUUCCUCCUGCCAAAGAAUCUCCUCUUCAGAGAUCCACACAAAGCCUUAGCAGCACAGAGCAGGAUACAUAUCUGUAACUCCACAGCAGUCUGUGUGUGUGUGUGUGUGUGCGCGCGCGUGUGCACAUGUGUGCAUGAGAGUGUGGAUAGAGCACCAGCACGGUUCAGCCAACAACCAGCCAGCCUUGCCAAGGUCUAUUAUUCUAAUGUUGGACUGUUUUGUAUUCAUUCAUCAUAUGCAUUUUAGACACCAUUUUGCCUAUGAUACUAUUGAUAUACACUAAGGCAUCAUUGCUAAGUGUAAAACUAGUUUGAUGCUUACGCCAUUUUUCCACAUGAAGCUGAUGUUACUUCCUGUUGAUGCUUGACGCCCUUAUUCAGACCUUUAAGGUGCAGAUGGCGAUUCUAAUCCACUUCAUUUUUGUCAAAUCCAUCAAAUAUCUUCUCAUGGCCUGCUAGUUGUCUGUUCUGUGUUCGGGCUGAAAGAAAAAAAAAAUCAGUGUUCGUACAUAGCUCUGGCUCUGUUAAUGGGAAACAAACCCAAUGGCCCAGACUGAGUCACACAACACCAUUCCAGCCAAUCAGCAACAGAGCUUGUGCACAGAACAGGGGAAAGGCCAUGGGAUGUAUAAAAAGAAAGCCACUGGGAGCAUAAGGGAUGGUGAAUUUAUCACGUUAAUGUGCUGAACUCCACUCCUCAAAUAACAAUCUUUCUCUAGAAUCGCUAACUCCACCUUCAAGUCUGAUGCAUAAUUUAUACUUUUGAGACUGUAAGCCUAUACAUUUUGUGUGGUGUAAGGGAGGGACCUCUUGUGCACACAGGGCAUACAUGAUCUCACACAUGCGUGUUAGGACCACAACUGUGUGGACAUCUGACCUCCCAGCUCUGAUGUCAAAUCUUACUUCUGCAGCAUCUGCAGUGCGCAGCGCAUCUCUGCAGCUCUCACAAACCAUUGCUGUGGAAGUUUUUCCGCAGAAGUAUAAAUUAAACAUUAGUAUUCCGUUUGCAAAGGAGACAUGUUACUGAGUAAUUGGGAGCAAAGUCAUUUCUUCAGAGCACUGUGGUUUUAAGGUUUAAAUGGGACUUAAGGAACACUGAGGUGUCACAGCUUAUGCAGUCUUUUUAUACAUUUCCUCUCAAAUUCAAACUUCUUAGUUCACUAGUAAUACUGUGCAGUAGUGGAUGGAAACUCCUACGUUUCAGUGUCCUCAGCCAUUAUAUUUUAUGAGGGGUUUUGUCCACUGGAGGGCAGCAUGGCAGAGGUUUCAUCUGUUACAUUCCCUGUUAGUAAGGCUAAUCACAGCAGGGAUGGGAUUCACUAACUUUGGGAGGUAUUAUUCUAAGAUUGAGCUUCUGUUUUGUCCUGGACGAAACCUUGUGCAUUUCAUGUUUGACAUAUAUUCUUAUACUUUCAAAAGAGAAUCAUUAAGUCACACCACACUGUGUUCAUGCCACUCUUUUCCUACAAAAGCUAUUUACUUAGUUUAAACAUUUAAUUUGUUUCUUUUUUGUGCAGACCGCGCCAAUGCACAAAUGCACACUUUUUUGCCGAACCCACUGAAUUUAUGUGGUUUAACUCUGUCUUAACUCCGUCAUUCACUGUGCCAGGCACUUCCAGCCACUUUAGAGCAGCAGUAAUUCACGCUACUUUGGCAGCAGAGAGGAGAACGCUGGACAUCCCUCACUGUAUGACACAUUCCUGCCUUGUUAAAAGCUAAUCACUCUGACAACUGUCUCUUGCCAAAUGCAAAUCUGUAAAAUGUAUGUGUUUGUGCAUGUGUUUCUUUUGACAUCUUGGACAGCGAUUGCAAAUCACCUAGUGGUGCUGACCCACUUCUUAAAUAUCCAGUUGGUACCAAGAAGAUAUUAUAACAUUGUUGGGUCUGUUUUUUUUUAAUAUUUUGCUAGAAUUUCCAAAGCUGAUCAAGACUGUUGUUUUGAGAUGACCUAUGACCGCUACCUGUGACCCGGCUUAUUCCGUUAGUACAGUCAAGAGGGAGCAAGUGAUUUCAAGAUUUUGGGGGGGGGGGGGCUCAUUCCUUCCUGGCUCAUUUCUUUGGGAAAUAUGGAGACAUGCAGGCGAUGUGAGCCUUUCUUUUCUUCUUCUUUUUUUCAAAACAUAUCGGACAAUCUUUUUCGUCACAGUCCAAGUCUUUUUUCUAACUUUCAUCACAAUGAUAAACAGUAAAGGGAGUUGCGACAAGCAUAAGCGCACAUGUAAGUUGUGUUAGUGUAUUAUUAAAAAAAAAAAAAAGUCUGCUAAAAAUGCAUGUGUUGGGUCAGUUAUAAAAAGCAGUGGGGUUCAAAAGGAUAACACAUUGUCAAGCAGCCACUUUCCUGUAUGCAAUAGUUUUUUAGUUGCUUAUAUUACACACGUCACAUUUCGCUGAUAUCUUAAUUUAAUGCUCUUUGUGUAGAUACGACAUGUAAAAUAACAAUUUGUUUUGUAAUGAAAUCUAUUUUUCAAUGUGUAAUGCUAUAUAUUAUUAAGCAGUAACAGAAACUGCAGAUGGGGCAUCUCUAAAUCAACUGAAGUGUAGGAGAAUUCAUUUUAGAUCCACAUUUGUAACACUAGAAAAAUCUGAAUUUUUUAGGUAACAUUUGCCAGUGAAAAUGUUUUUCUUACUCUAAAGACGGGCUGGUAUUAUCUUACGAUCACAUUAGGAAUAUAAAGGAGAUCUUUGACAACCAUGGAGCAGUAUGCAUCAUCAUGAGUUUAAAUUUUACAAAUAAAUAUUUGUUUAAAGCCAA